CCUAGUGUUCAAUUUGUUAUCUCUCUGCCUCUCUCUCCGUCGUCGUCGUGCUCCUUCUCCUCUAUCUUCCCAAUUCUCAACAGCAGCCAUGAUAAUUCCAGAGAAGAACAGGAGAGAGAUCUCCAAGUACCUGUUCCAAGAGGGAGUUUUCUAUGCAAAGAAAGAUUUUAAUUUGGCGAAGCAUCCCGAGAUCGAUGUCCCAAACUUGCAGGUGAUUAAGCUGAUGCAGAGCUUCAAGUCCAAGGAGUACGUCCGAGAAACCUUCGUUUGGAUGCAUUACUACUGGUAUCUUACGAAUGACGGCAUCGAGUUCCUGAGGACUUACCUCAAUCUUCCCUCUGAAAUUGUUCCUGCUACUCUUAAGAAGUCUGCCAAGUCCCUCGAUCGUCCUAUGGGUGGACCUCCUGGUGACCGCCCUCGCGGACCACCAAGGUUUGAUGGGGAUAGGCCCAGAUUUGGUGACAGGGAGGGGUAUCGUGCUGGUCUCCGUGGACCUCCUGGUGAGUUUGGUGGUGAGAAAGGUGGAGCUCCUACGGAUUACCAGCCUGCUUUCAGGGGUUCUAGUGGAAGGCCUGGCUUUGGUCGUGGAUCUGGAGGUUAUGGUUCGGCACCACCAAGUUCAUGCUUCUCUUAGAUUCAUGUUUUGCUAAAUUAUGUUAUUUGCAAUUUAGGCUCUCAGAUAUUGCAGUUGAAAGUUAUGCAUGUUGAGAUACGUAGUUGAUUGAGACUCUAUCUACAGUUUUGGUUGCUCUA